CAGUUGAUGCGGCGAAGCUGUAGUCAGGUGACCCUCUUGGUCACCACAUCGCAUUACACGAGUUCUAUCCCUGUGGCUCCGCCCUCACUACAAGCCAGGCUCCUCCUCUUCCUGAGCCAGCAUUUCCAUGACAUCGAGACUCUCCUCAGCUGGAGCUCCUGGUUCAAGAACCGAGGUCUACGUCAGCAGAAUUUUUUCUAUGGUUACACCCAGCAGAACUAUGGGGACAACGUUGCAGCUGCUUAUUACAUCCUUAGCCUCAAGGGAGGAUUCAGGUUUGCAAGACAGUCAGAGUGGUUCCGAUCAGACAGAAGAGGGAAGUUCAGCUGGGAUUUCAAGAACUGCCAGGACAGCGCCAUAGAGGAAAUGGACGUCAGCAACACACUCAUUAACUACACAGGCCUAGAAAACGUGGGACACAGCCAUGAAUAA